AAUCUUCCCAAGUUGCAGGUAUAUGUCUAAAUAGUUAAUUUAAAUCAUUGAUGUAAGGUUUAAAUGUUAGUUUUAUAAAAGCAGUUCUUAAUCUUGAAAGUUUUUGAUAUUUAUAUUUCUAUAAGCAUGAUGGAGCACCUCCGCACUAUAUGGUUCCUGUAAGACAGUUCUUAGAUGACUGGUUUCCUGGACGGUGGAUUGGAAGGAGGGGCCCAAUUGAAUGGCCUUCCUGGUCACCGGAUUUAUCGCUUUUAGACUUUUUUCUUUGGGGACACUUAAAAAAUAAAUGUUUUGACACGAAGUUUGAGUCCAUAGAAGAUCUUCGCCAACGGAUUACAGCAGAGUGCAGAAACAUAACACUUGAUAUGCUACAAAAUGUUAGAAGUAAAUUUGAACAAAAUCUAUAAUAUUGUAUGGUAUCAAAUGCGUCACAUUUUCAACUUUUGUUAAUAAUGUCAACGAUACCUAAGCAUGGAUUUAAAGCUGAAGAUAUUUUGAAAGAGAACCGAACAACUAAAUCAAAUAUUGAAGAUAUAAAAAAUUGGUUAUCAUUUAAACGAAAUAUUCCUCGAAUGUCAGAUGAACAAAUAGUGAUCUUUUUAUUGGCGUGUAAAAAUAAUCUAGAUGAAACAAAAAUCACCAUAGAAAACUUUUUUAAAUAUAAAUCGACCUCACCAGAAAUCUUCAUGAACAGAGAUAUCGAUAUGAAGGAAAAUAAGUUCACCUGUACAGUGACGAACAUAGCAGUAUUUCCUAAUAGAACUGAAGAAAAUUACGCCAUUGCACUGGGUUCACUGAAAGACACUUCCUAUUAUAACUUUUGCAUCGAACCGCAAAUAAAAAGAGCUUUUGCAAUAAUCGAUGCUUACUUGUAUUCAAAUCCCCCUGAUGGAUUGAUUUUCAUUAUUGACAUCAAAGGAGUGGGAAUUAUGCAUCUUACAAGAAUAAAGCUGAAUGCACUCAAAGUCUUUUUCGCAUAUAUACAAGAGGCUCUACCUAUUCAACUCAGACAAGUUCACAUUCUAAAUGCUAAUUACAUUUUUGAAAAAUUUUUGAUGAUUUCCAAGCCAUUUAUGAAAAAAGAGCUAUACGAAAUGAUCAUUACUCAUUCUCCUGGUGCCAACAUGCAAGAAUUUUUUGAAAAAUAUAUUCCGGCAUCGUCUAUGCCAUCCGAUUAUGGUGGAGAUUUACCAAGUAUCGAAAAACUAAGUGAAGAUACCAGAAAAUAUCUACAAUCAAUGAAGACAUUUUUAGAGGCAGAAGAAAAACAAAUUCAGCUUUAUAAAAAAGAUUAGUAUUACGUGAGUGUAGUUUGUUAAUAAACACAUUUUUAAACAAUAAAGUAAUUUUUCAUAACGCAACAAAA